AGCUCGACUCACUUCCGCCUUCUACAACCGGACCAACCGGUUUCUACGCGUCACACAAACUGUGUCUCUAAGUUUCAGCCCCAGUGCCCAGUGUUCGUCAGCGAUUGGUUCAUUUCUCUAUUUAUCAUUUCCAGCAGGUAUUUUUUUUAAUCCUCGUCAGCCAAUCAAAUGGCUCCCCCGGCCGGUUCUAUUCGGAAACCCCCGGGAUUGGUUUACGUAAGACACCAGCAAGUUCGUUUGACUCUUUGGUGAGAGUGAAUGAAAUGUGCGGGCUGCCAACAGCGGCGAAGUGCGGGGCAGCCGUGGGGGCUCGGUAAGGUGAAGCGGUCUAAGAAGGAGAGAGCCCGGCCGGUUUUCGGGUCACUAAAUUCUCCAUUGCCGGGUGCUGGCCUCCCUCGAUACAGCCAUGCCUGGUGGAACCGUCCGGGGCCCGUUGGCCGUGCUGCUCUUUGCUCUGCUCGCCCCGUUUGCGGUAGUUGCAGCCGCUCUGGGUGACAAGGUGAUCUGGGCUGUCAAUGCUGGGGGCGAGGCCCAUGUGGACGUACACGGCAUCCACUACCGAAAGGACCCGCUGGAGGGCAGAGUGGGCAGAGCAUCAGACUAUGGGUUGAAGCUGCCUAUUCUACGUGCCGUCCCAGAGGAUCAGAUUCUGUACCAGACAGAGAGGUAUAAUGAAGACAGCUUUGGCUAUGACAUCCCUAUCAGAGAAGAAGGGGAAUAUGUCCUGGUGCUAAAGUUUGCAGAGGUGUACUUUGCCCAGUCACAGCAGAAGGUGUUUGAUGUACGUGUAAAUGGACAUAAUGUGGUGAAAGAUCUUGAUAUAUUUGACCGUGUAGGACACAGCACAGCACACGAUGAGAUCAUCCCCAUCGUCAUCAAGAAGGGAAAACUCACUAUCCAAGGGGAAGUGUCCACCUUUACAGGGAAGCUCACUGUGGAGUUUGUAAAGGGAUAUUAUGAUAAUCCCAAAGUUUGUGCUUUGUACCUUAUGAAAGGAACAGUAGACGAAGUCCCAAAGCUGCAGCCUCAUCCUGGUCUAGAAAAGAAGGAAGAGGAUGAAGAAGAUGAAGAAGAGGAAAGCCCUAGUACAAGGAGAAAUACCAAGAAAAGUGUACAGUCUGGUCCUCGCACUCCUAACCCUUAUGCCUCAGACAACAGCAGCCUCAUGUUUCCUAUUUUGGUGGCCUUUGGAGUGUUUAUCCCCACACUCUUUUGCUUGUGUCGGCUAUAGAAGGCUGGAUGGCAAUGGUUUUUUGUUUUCCUUUUUUUUUUUUUUUUUUUUUUUUUUGCUUUAGUUGGUUUUGGUUUUUCUUUUUUCCCUGGUAAUUUUUCAGAAUUUCUUGACUAUGAAGCAGAAAAUCUCCUAUAUAGGAGAUAGGUGGCCCUAAACAAGCAGCAAAUCAUUGCCUGACAUUUUCAUGUUUACAUGUUACUUGGAUAUGGAGCUGCAGCCAAUAAAGUAUCAGAACUAUAUGGCUUGUGCUCCUGAAUGGUUCUAGACAUCUAUUACAUGUAUUGAGGAGAACUGAAGUAGAAUGCAAGUGCUGCUAUCUGACUAUUUCUUACUGACCUGGAAGAGCUAUGGAACUAAGGACAAACAGCCUAGAGUUUUGCAUGGAGUUUCCAGGGUACCAUUUCUGCAUACUCUCAAUCUUUUUAUGUCUGACAGGACAUUUGGGUUCUAGCUCCCAAAAUCCUUAAACAACAAUCUUUUAACUCCUGCCAAAUCUAUGUGAGUGUACUUGUGUGUGGUAGCAGGAGAUGUAAAGUCCAUUUUAGCUUCAUCCAAGCACCUGGUUGCAACAUCUCCAUGGUAGUGACUACGAGCUAUGUAUGUCUUUCUGCUAUGCAUACAAUGGGGAAUAUUUGAUUUGCAAGCUUUUCGUUUUAAUGUAUGUUUUAUUUUGCGUGACUUAUACCAUGAAGUGACUUGCUUUUGCCUUUAGCCCCACUGUCCUUCCAUAUUUACGAGGUUGUAUCUUCCUAGUGCGUAAAAUUCUUACAUUGCUCCCUAAGCAAUUGGUUAUAGGCACAGGCAACAUCCUAUCUGUCCAUCUCUUCACAUAAGCCAAACUUCCUCCUGUUAUUACAGGAGUAAAGCAUCCUUCAUAGAGAAGUAUACUGUAUACCUGGAAUGGAAGUCAAUCUCAUCAUAGGAAAGCAGGAAAAGGUUUCUCUAAGAUCCCGUAAAGAUCCUUUACAGCUCCAUCGCAUACUGUUUAUGGAUAAGGUUUAGAAACGGUUUGGUCACAAUAAACUAAAGUGCUUCAUUUUGUUGAGGAUUCUAACAGUGCAAUGUCACAUGUGACUUUAGUUUACACGGUUAACUGGGUUAACCAGGAAUAGAAAAACUUUAUUUUUUUUAACCCCAAAACACAGCGCAACAGGCUGUGUGGUAUUACAGCUUGGUUCUAUUCACUUCAAUGAAAUGAAGCCUCAAUACCACACAUAGGUGUUGCCAUUUUU